UUUCCCGUGGUGCCCCGCGCACGGGGUGUCCGUUGGCGCGCUCGGCCGCCAUUUUGUCGCCUGGCCGCCGCCGCUUCCCGCGCGCCCGCCCGGAUUGAAUGAGGAGGAACGGCAGCCGUUUCUAAAACCUCCGCCGGCGCCGCCAUGGCCUCCUCCUCCUCGGGCCUUCCUCCGGGCACCCCUCGCCCGGGGCCUUCGUCCUCCCCGGGGACGCCGCUGUCUCCGGCGAGGAUUUCGCGGCUGCAGGAGAAGGAGGAGCUGCGGCAGCUGAACGACCGGCUGGCCGUCUACAUCGAGCGGGUCCGGGCGCUGGAGCUGGAGAACGACCGGCUGCUGCUCCGUGUCUCCGAGAAGGAGGAGGUCGUCACCCGGGAGGUGACGGGCAUCAAGGCCCUGUACGAGUCUGAGCUGGCGGAUGCCCGGCGGGUCCUGGACGAGACCGCCCGGGAGCGGGCAAAGCUUCAGAUUGAAAUCGGGAAGCUGCGGGCCGAGCUGGAUGAGCUGAGCAAGAGCUACCAGAAGAAGGAUGGGGAGUGGUCCACCUCGCAGGGCCGCAUCAAGGAGCUGGAGGUUCUCUUCCACCGGAGCGAAGCUGAACUCACCACCACCUUGACUGAGAAGCGCAACCUGGAGGCCGAGGUGGCCGACCUGCGAGCGGAACUGGCCAAGUCAGAAGAGGCCCACGCGGUGGCCAAGAAGCAGUUGGAGAAGGAGACCCUCUUGCAGGUGGACCUUGAGAAUCGCUGCCAGAGCCUGCAGGAGGAGCUGGACUUCCGCAAGACCAUCUUUGAGGAGGAAGUGCGGGAGACCCGGAAGUGGCAGGAGCGCCAGCUGGUGGAGGUGGACAGCAGCCGCCAGCAGGAGUACGAGUCUAAGAUCGCCCAAGCCCUGGAGGACCUCCGGAGCCAGUAUGAGGGGCAGAUCCAGCUUUACCGGCAGGAGCUGGAGGACAGCUACCAGGCCAAGCUGGAGAAUGCCAAGCUCUGUUCCGAUCAGAAUGACAAAGCGGCCAGCGCUGCGCGGGAGGAGCUGAAGGAGGCCCGCGUGCGGAUUGAGUCCCUCUCCUAUCAGCUCUCGGGCCUGCAGAGGCAGGCAAGCGCAGCUGAGGAGCGGAUCCGGGAGCUGGAGGAGCUGAUGGCCGGCGAGCGUGAGAAGUUCCGAAAGAUGCUGGAUGCCAAAGAGCGGGAGAUGACCGAGAUGCGGGACCAGAUGCAGCAGCAGUUGAUGGAGUACCAGGAGCUGCUGGACGUCAAGCUGGCCCUCGACAUGGAGAUCGGUGCCUACCGGAAGCUGCUGGAAGGGGAGGAGGAGAGGCUGAAGCUUUCCCCGAGCCCCCCGUCACGCAUCACGGUCUCGCGGGCCACCUCCUCCAGCAGCGCUUCGGCUGCGCGCUCGUCCCGGGGGAAGCGGAAACGGGUGGAAGCCGAGGAGCUCUCAGGCAGCUUCUCCAGUGGGAUCGGGACUGGGAGUAGCAGUGCCACCAGCAGCACUGGCACCGGCACCAGCACCCGCUUCCAGGUGACGCAGCAGGCCUCGGCCAAAGGCAGCAUCAGCAUCGAGGAGAUUGACCUGGAGGGGAAGUACGUGCAGCUGAAGAACUGCUCCGACAAGGAUCAGUCCCUUGGGAACUGGAGGCUAAAGAGGAAGAUCGGGGACGGGGAGGAGAUUGCCUACAAAUUUACCCCGAAAUAUGUUCUGCGGGCCAACCAGACGGUCACUAUCUGGGCUGCCGACGCUGGCGUGGCGCACAGUCCGCCCUCGGUCCUGGUGUGGAAGAACCAGAGCAGCUGGGGCACCGGAGCCCACAUCCGCACGUACCUGGUGAACUCAGAGGGCGAGGAAGUGGCUGUGCGGACCCUAACCCAGGUGGCCACCACCGCUGCAGCCUCUUCUAGUGUGCUGCAGGAGAACGAGGAGGAAGAGGACGCUGAGCUUGGGGAGGAAGAUCUCUUCCACCAGCAGGGGGAUCCCAGGACCACCUCCCGAGGAUGUGCGGUCAUGUGAGAAGGAAGGAAGGAAGGAAGGAAGAAGGAGCCUCCCAGGGCAAAUAGUCCUCCUUCUGCUUUUUUUCUCCGGCUGAUCCUGUUUUGUGUUGCCGGUUGGCACGGAAAACUUAUUUUUUCACACCUGUGGGCUUUUUAAAAUUGCUUUUUUAACAUUUUGUUUUUAAAAGUUUUAGUGCUGUUGAUUCCUUGGCACAGGGUCUUAAAGGGGAACUGAAUCAGCCUGACCUGAGCAGCCGGCCUUCCUUGGAGGGGCUUUUGCGCCUGGCUCUGCCCCUGCCCUGGCGCCCCUCCUGCCGAUCCCUCGGGGAGGAGCGUGUCUGCUCUUGGCCUGGCAGAGAUGGAGUACUGAUGCCCUUUGGGGGCUUCUUGGACUCUGGAUCCCUAAAAAGCAGAGAUGGCUGAAAAACCCCACUUGAGAUCUAUUGGAAGCCAGUGGAUUUCUGGAAAGGUCUCCUUCUCUCUUUGGGUUUUUUUGCAGCAGGUGGGGGAGCCUCAGCCGCCUUGCAGUUCCCAGCGCCGUCCUCUGCAUGAGCAUUUGGAAGCCAAGGAAGCCUUGGCUCCCCCAAGCAGGUGACCUGCUGGAAGCGUCCAGAAAGAUGUUUGGGAUCCCACUUGUCUGUGAUUCAGAAUCUCAUUGGCCAUUCCUUGUUCUGGACUUGAUUGCCAAAGUGUAUUACAGGGGCCAUAACCCCCCCCCCCUCGCGCCUGGCUGAAGCCCUCCUUAUGACCGUGAGGUCCAGUUCCCGGCUGAAUUCCAGCCCCCGUCACCCCUGUAGAAGGCGUUUGUGGUCUUAAGCUUUCUCCCCGGCACCCCCUCCCACACACGACGUCUUAAGCUGGGCGAAGAGGUCCCUUGGUGAAGCCUCUCUGCCAGUUUGCCUUCCCGGGAGCCGGCUGGUGGCCUGCAUGUGCCCGAGGAUGUGGGCCUCGGCCGAAGAACUCCACUGCCCCAGCGGAGCCCUGGGGGGCCGGCGGCUGGCGCAGAGCGUUUUCUCCCUCCGCCGUUUGGCCCAUGGCAGCUUGAAUGAAGGCGCCCCCCCUCCCGCUGUGUUUCACUGCCCUGGUUGAAUGAACUUGGAAGUGUUUUAGGUGUUGUAGAAGCUUCCGUCUUUGGAGGGCACCCGCCUGGGGGGAGAGAAGCCCCAUAAAACCCGGACGGGGGAGGCAGAUUCCUUGAUCAGGCAGAGUAGCUCUCCCCCACACUGGUCUGCCCACUGUGUUUCUGGCUGGCCCAUGGAGACCCAUGAGGCCGAUGUAGGGCAAGGAAGGCCCCGCUUGCAUUUCUCGGGCCUGAUACAAAAGCCGCUCUGGGGGGGCCACGGGCAAGGGUGGGGGGAGGUUUGGUCCCGUGGCUGCUUCUGAGCUGAAGCUGUGAUUUUUCCAGACAGGCCAGUCUUCUUCCUGUGAAGGUGACCAAGCUGUGAAUGUGCACACGUGCUACUGGGUCCAGCUGGCAGCGGGGGAGGUCUGGACUGAGCUGUUCUCCCCAUAACACCCCCUGCCCUGCUCCCACCUUAUUCACUCCGCCCCCCCGGAGAGGACUUCUGCAAAAUCUGAGCCAGCCCCUCCCAAGGGAAGGGAAGGGGCCACGGGACAAGGGGUGGGGUGAGGACUGUCCUCCCAUUUCUCCUCCUAGGCGCUGGAUCUUUGUGUGCAUCUGGCCAGGACAGGGGCUGAACUUUUGCCCGUCUGGGCCUCUUCCUUUGAAAAUGUGACUUUGCUUUCUCUCCUCCCCCCCCCCAAGUCUUUUAUUUUUAAAACAAGUGGCUGAAGGUUGUCUUUGGAGAGAAAGAACACUGGGAAGGCCCGUAGCUAUGCACACGUGCUCUCCCUCCCUCUCUGUCUUUCUCUCUUUAUUUCUCUCUCUCUCUCUCUCAAGCAGGACCCUCUGCUUUCGUCACACAUGGAUCCUGACCAAGGAAAGGAGUGGCAGGUGUCCUCCUGCUCCUGGGGGAGGAGGUUGUUUUUUUUGGGGGGGGGGAGUAGUUCUUGGUCUUCCCUCCUUUCCCUUCCCCCCCCACCUCCAGAGGCCCGUGGCCCGUCAAGCAGCAGACACUGGGACCCGCUGGGUUUUAACUGGGAGAUCUGGUUGGGCUCAGCCCCCGAGACCCAGAACUACUACAUAAUACUUUGGAAACACAUCUAGCUUUAUACUUUAAAGAAACGACCUUGUGGUUUUAUAAUCUUUUAAGCCCAUUUGCUUAACGAUGAUUUAUCAGAUGUUGGUGCAGCCUUGAAACAGGGAAGUCCAGCCAGUGGGCAGUUGGGCGAAGGGGCCCCGGUCACCCCCCUCGUGGAAGGCUGUCCAAAGUUGGCAGGCCCUCAAAAAGUUGGCAAGCAGCUCAAGGAGGUUUGCUUUCCUACAAGCCCCUCUCCUUACUACAACUCUAUUUUUGUAGCAGGUGGUUGUAUCUUUGUUCCUUUUGGGCACAUGUCAUUUUUUUUUUCCAAACAAGACACGAGCUGCUGGUCCAACAAGAAAGAGUGACGGGUCUUGUCCAGGCUCCCCCUGGCCCACCCGAAAGGGGGCCGUGGUGGGGCAUCUCCCUGGUCCCGACUUCCCUGUUUCGAAGCUGCCUUUGCUUUAUUACUGUGGAAAUGCAUGCCAAAUGUCUUUUUUCAAUGAUUUGUAAUAUAUCCAUUUUUUGGGACUGGAAACUUUUGUACGACCCUCCAAUAAACAUUUUGCAUUUUUAUCCAG